AUGACUGACCCCGAGAGAAGUAUUGCCCAGCGAUGCACAGCUAUCAAGUACCACUUUUCGCAGCCAAUCCGCUUAAGAAACAUUCCUUUCAAUUUAACCAAGACAAUCCAGCAAGAUGAAUGGCACCUGCUUCAUCUAAGAAGAAUAACAGCUGGCUUCCUGGGCAUGGCGGUGGCUGUCCUGCUGUGUGGCUGCAUCGUGGCCACUGUCAGCUUCUUCUGGGAAGAAAGCCUGACCCAGCACGUGGCUGGCCUCCUAUUCCUCAUGACAGGGAUAUUUUGCACCAUCUCACUCUGCACGUAUGCUGCCAGUGUCUCCUAUGAUUUGAACCGGGUCCCGAAGCUAAUUUACAGCCUGCCUCACGAUGUGGAACAUGGCUACAGCUGGUCUAUCUUUUGUGCCUGGUGCAGUUUAGGCUUUAUUGUGGCAGCUGGAGGCCUCUGCAUCGCUUAUCCGUUUAUUAGCCGGACCAAGAUUGCACACCUGAAGUCUGGCAGGGACUCCACUGUAUGACUGUCUGCACUGUAGAAGCCCCAGCUACCGAGUGGGGUCACUCCUAAGGGGAGUGGAACUGAGUUCACACCAGGGUUCCAAGCACAAAGAGGUCUUUUGCAUUCCAACCUGUUGCCUGCUGCCCUUUCCAGAUGAGUGACAGAAAAUCAAGCAGAACCUCCCAACCUUUCUAAGGACAAGACUACUGUGGGUUCAAGUGCUUUAAUGACUAUUUACACUUUGACUGUCCGAAAUGAGGACCAGUGCCACGGGACAUUUAUAGGCACCAGAAAAGAGGAACAGCGAUGGGAAAAUUUGUACAAUUUCCAUUUCUUUCAGAAAGUUUGUAUAUAACCAUCACCGGAGAGUCGUUUCUAUUUGCAAAAGGAUUCGUAACAAAACGAGUAUAAUUUUCUUGUCACUGUAUCAGGCUUGUUCGAUUUUAAUGCAGCAUCCUCAGAACUAGUCCUGAUGGUGUCUUGUUGUGUCAGCAUCUGAUAUUUGUGCAUUCUUUGUGGCUGUUCCUUGUCACCAGAGGAUUCUUCUUCUGUUGCCUUAUUAUUACUUUUAAUGAAUUGAAGUCAACUUUCUGUCUUUGUACUGGAUUCUAAUGCAUAAGAACAACAGACCGACUGUGUAAGAGCUGAUCUGUAACACUAUGCAGUAUCGUUUGAAGUCUUACCUGUUAUUUGGCUUUGUGUCUCUUUAUGUUAACUGGGUUUCUGCAUUAAA